GCCUAGUUUCUAGGUGAGUCAUUGUGGGAAGACUAAUUAACAACAAAUCAAACAAAUGGCGCUAUGGAUGGAGGCCGGAUCAGAACCCAAAACCGAAAGCGAGAUAGCUGACCUUGAUGCUAUUGAUGCCCUCAAAGAGUCGGCUGCCCUUGAACUCAAGGAGAAAGGCAAUGAGUAUGUUAAGCAGGGUAAAAAGCAUUAUUCUGAUGCUAUUGAUUGCUACACGAGGGCGAUAAAUCAGAAUGUUUUAACUGGCUCUGAGAACUCAAUUUUAUUUGCAAAUAGAGCUCAUGUCAAUUUACUACUGGGAAAUUAUAGACGCGCUCUCAUGGAUGCUGAGGAGGCAAUCAAAUUAUGCCCUACCAAUGUUAAGGCAUAUUAUCGGGCAGCUAAAGCAUCUUUGGUGUUGAAUUUAUUAAUUGAAGCAAAAGAAUUUUGUGGAAAGGGACUUGAGCAGGACCCAGAUAACAAGGAACUAAAGAAACUUUCUGGGGAGAUUGAAUCACGGAAGCAAGAGGAAGAGGAGCGGCAGGCUCUAGUUUCCAAGGCAGUGUCAGAGGCUAAGGACCUUGCUUCUGCAAUAGAGAAUAGAAGCUUGAAGAUUGGGAAGGCAAUGUUUCAAGAACUUACUGGAUUAAGGAAACCGGUUUUAGAUAGAAAUAAUAUUCUUCACUGGCCAGUUCUUCUUCUGUAUGCUGAGGUUAUGUCCAGUGACUUUAUUGAGGACUUCUGUGAGACUGACAUUUUUGCCGCUCAUCUUGACAUGAUGUUUUCAGAAGGUUGUCCACCAUUGCCAUGGGACAAAGAAAAUAGCUAUACCCGUGAAGCAGUUGAACUUUACUAUGAGGCUGGUUCUGGAGUUGCUUUGUCAAAGACAAAACUUCUCCGUUAUCUGCUAGAGGGGACUGCCGGUGCUAAUGCUGAAAGCAUCGGUGAUGAAGAGAAGGAUGCAAUUGAUGGUUCUACAUAUGACUACUCUGCAGGUAGGGGCUCUAAAUGGAUCAAGGUAAACGAAAAAAGGAAGCUCUAUGAUGUUUUGAAAGAAGCAAACUUGAUCAUCCCUGGGAUCCCAGUCUUCCAUGUUGUUUCAAAGACCUCUAGCUUCUAUAAAGAUUUCAGAUCAGGCAAGUGGACUCCACCUCCAUGAGUGGAUAGCAUAAUCAAAACAACUAGUAGCACAGUUAUUUUUCCGAAGAUAUAUAUUGUUGAUAAUGAAAGUGAAGGCAUUUUGUUAAUCGGUGGAAGAAAAAUUCUUCAUGGACCUUUGUUCAGUAAUGUUCAUAGAUCCACAAUGUUUAACUGUAUACCACCAAAUCAGAGGACCGGACUGAAGGCGUUCUGCCAUAUGGUCAUUUUUGUACGGAUAUCACUUUUCUUCGAGGAUUGCGUAUUAGUUCUUCAGUUAUUAAUUGGAUACUCGUUUACUUGAUUGUUUUGAAGCCA